UAAGGGCUGACUGCCACUGGGAAGGAUCUCUGGUUGGAGAUCCCUCUUUGGUGGAGCUUUCCUUUGUGAGCCUGGAGUCUUUUGAUGUGGGGCUUCCAAAGCAGCUGAGGACAGAACCUUAAGGAAUGCCAUGCAGUAAGUGCUAAACAAACUGGCACGGAAAGGAUUAAAAAGAUGGCAGUGUGUAUUUGAAAUAAUUAAACAAACGGACUCUCAUUGAUAAGAAAUCAUGUCAAAAAAAGGACGUAGCAAGGGCGAAAAGCCUGAGGCACUGAUUGUAGCCCUACAGGCUGCCAAUGAGGAACUCAGGACCAAGCUAACAGACAUUCAAAUUGAGCUGCAUCAGGAGAAAUCUAAGAUUGCUAAACUUGAAAGAGAGAAGACUCAAGAAACAAAGCGUAUCCGUGAAGUGGAGCAGCGCAAGCAAACUGUGCAAAUCACAGAGCUAAAAGCCAAACUCCAUGAGGAGAAAAUGAAGGAGCUGCAGGCUGUGAGGGAGAACCUUAUUAAACAGCAUGAGCAGGAGAUGACACGAAUGGUGAAAGUCCGAGACAGUGAAAUCCAGCGUCUCAAGUCAGCGUUGUGUGCACUGCGCGAUGGCAGCAGCGAUAAAGUAAGGACAGCCCUGACUAUUGAGGCUCGUGAAGAGGCCAGAAAACAGUUUGACUCUGAGCGCCUUAAGCUUCUGCAGGAAAUUACUGAACUUAAGUCUGCCAAAAAGCAGGUGGAUGAGGCUUUGAACAAUAUGAUCCAAGCUGACAAGAUCAAAGCAGGUGAUCUUCGAAGUGAGCACCAGUCCCACCAGGAAGCCAUUUCUAAGAUCAAAUGGGAGAGCGAGAGGGAUAUUCGCCGCCUGAUGGAUGAGAUCAAGGCUAAAGAUAGGAUCAUAUUUUCCUUGGAGAAAGAACUGGAGACACAAACGGGCUAUGUGCAGAAGCUGCAGCUGCAGAAAGAAGCUCUGGAUGAACAGCUUUUCCUGGUGAAGGAGGCAGAGUGUAACAUGAGCAGUCCCAAGAGGGAGAUCCCAGGAAGGGCAGGAGAUGGCUCAGAGCACUGCAGCAGCCCUGACUUGCGCAGGAACCAGAAGAGGAUAGCUGAGUUGAAUGCAACAAUCCGGAAACUGGAAGACAGGAACACAUUGUUGGUUGAUGAACGAAAUGAACUGCUGAAGCGUGUCCGAGAAGCUGAAAAACAAUGUAAACCUCUCCUGGAAAAGAACAAGUGCCUCACAAAGAGAAAUGAUGAACUGAUGCAGUCUUUGCAGCGCAUAGAAGAUAAACUCAAAGCAGUGACUAAAGAAAAUAUAGAAAUGAGAGAAAAAAUGACAUCACAUCCUCCACUAAAGAAACUAAAAUCUCUCAAUGACCUGGAUCAGGCUAAUGAAGAACAAGAAACAGAAUUUUUGAAGCUUCAGGUCAUAGAACAACAGAACAUAAUUGAUGAGUUAACAAGGGACAGGGAAAAACUCAUUCGUCGCAGAAGGAGUAAAAGGAGUUCAAAGCCAAUUAAGAGACAUGUGAUAGACACAGUUUUGGGGUAUGAUGAUGAUUCCAUGGACUCUGAAACAUCCUCUGUGGCCUCAUAUAGAACGGACAGAACACCAGCAACUCCAGAUGAUGAUCUGGAUGAGAGUUUAGCUGCAGAAGAAUCAGAGCUGCGGUUUCGACAGUUGACAAAGGAAUAUCAGGCCCUGCAGAGAGCUUACGCACUACUGCAAGAGCAGACAGGAGGUGUCAUAGAUGCUGAAAGAGAAGCCAAGGCUCAGGAGCAGCUCCAAGCAGAAGUCCAAAGAUACAAAGCCAAAAUAGAAGAUUUGGAGAAAACUUUAGCACAAAAAGGACAGGACUCCCACUGGGUGGAAGACAAACAGCUUUUCAUUAAGAGGAACCAAGAGCUUUUAGACAAGAUAGAGAAACUGGAAGCAGAAAACAACCGUCUGCAACAGGAGCUACAGGAUGCCCGGGACCAGAAUGAACUGCUGGAGUUCCGCAACCUGGAGCUGGAGGAAAGAGAGAGACGGUCCCCACCAUUUAAUCUUCAAAUUCACCCAUUCUCAGACGGUGUGAGCGCUCUACAGAUAUACUGCAUGAAGGAAGGGGUGAAGGAUGUCAGCAUCCCAGACCUCAUAAAACAAUUAGACAUCCUAGGUGAUAAUGGGAACUUAAGAAAUGAGGAGCAAGUGGCCAUAAUUCAGGCUUCCACUGUAUUGUCUUUGGCAGAAAAGUGGAUUCAGCAGAUUGAGGGAGCUGAGGCUGCUCUGCACCAGAAGAUGAUGGAGCUGGAAAGCGAUAUGGAACAAUUUUGCAAAAUAAAAGGUUAUUUGGAGGAAGAACUAGACUACAGGAAGCAAGCUCUUGACCAGGCAUACAUGAGGAUCCAGGAGCUUGAGGCCACCUUGUACAAUGCUUUGCAGCAAGAAACGGUGAUAAAGUUUGGAGAACUGCUCACUGAAAAACAGCAGGAAGAGCUCAGGACAGCAGUAGAAAAGCUAAGACGCCAGAUGCUGAGGAAAAGCAGAGAAUAUGAUUGCCAGAUUCUUCAGGAGAGGAUGGAGCUGCUCCAGCAGGCUCAUCAGAGGAUCCGAGACUUAGAAGAUAAAACUGACAUCCAAAAGAGACAAAUUAAGGAUCUGGAGGAAAAGUUUCUAUUUCUAUUCUUGUUCUUCUCUCUUGCCUUUAUUCUUUGGCCUUGAUGUCAGUGUGCCUCUUGAAAAGGUAAGACUACGUUAUUUUUCUCCUCAAAGCUAGUACUUCUUGCGCAGUGCUGAGGGUCAGACUGUCGUGUGUUCUGUGCGCAUCCAGAGUCAGGGAAUCUGGAAAGUUGUCAAUUUGUAAUAGUUCAUUGUGGAGAGUGAUCACACUGCUGAUUUAACAGAUGGCAUUGCAGCCAGACCAACACUGUCCAACACUCUUGUAAAUGAACUGACAAAGCUUGCUAAUUAUACUAUGCCAUUUGUAAUUGCAAAAACUAAAGCCAACAGGAAUUUCAUAAUAUCAAAUAAUCAAGAGAAUAGCAGGUAAAAUUCACUGUGCCAUCUAAGUUUCUGGUUCUUAGAACUACCAAGAUGAAUACCAUUAGGGUGAUCUUUGCAAAACUGUUCCACUGGAUGCAUGUUGACCUUAUUAACCUUACAAGAGACUUCAAACAGAUCUAUAAUAAAACAACAACAAAAACCCACAGCACCUCCUUGAAAAAGACCUAGGGAACCACGUGAUAACAAGAAAACUUUGGUUUUGUUAGAGCUCUGCUCCAGUUCAUCCUUUAACAGUCUUUCAACUCUUAGAGCAAACUGAUACAAUUGCAGAUGAUUCUUUCUGGUUUCUUUUUCUGACAGGAUUAGCACAGCUCAUUGCUGUACUUUUAAGAUUAGGAUGGACAAGCAUUUGAGACAAGAUCAGAAUGCAGUGUGUGUGAAUGAAGCCAUAUGCAGCAGUACUUAGCAUCCAGACCAGAAUUCUCUAGCUCCUUUGGGAGUUUACUAUCUGCAUUUUUUUGUGCUUGUGUAUAUACAUAUUCACUCGUGAUUGCAUAAGGAAGUCUGGUCUACAUCAGUUUCACACUUAGUGAGUUUUACCAUGUGGAUUUUAACGCUGAGGAAGCAAAGAACAACUAAGCUGUUUUCUCCUACAUUUCAAAUCUGAAUCCCAGAAUUCUUCUACAUAUUACAGGAAAGAUUUCCUUGAAUCAGAAGUAGUCUGCAUUUGACUCAUUGCUGUAUCAGCCUAAGUCUUAUACUUGUGGUGAAACCACAAACGUAUCACCUGCUGUUGUAUAUGGUAAAUUUUAGGCAACUUUUUGUACAAGAGUUACUGACACUGACAGUUUUCCAUGGACUGAUGUGUAACUAUUUGCCUGAGGAUACCUGUGGGAACGUCUGUUGACCAGAAGGCUGUACUCUGUAGUGCCCAAUAGAUGGGGAGCAGAAACAGUGUGUCCAGUUAGCUGGUAAUGUAAGAAAAAAUCCUUUCAGCUUUCUGAUAGACUUUCUGAUAGAUUCUGUUUGUCAGCUGGAUAGGUAGGCAGAGAACUUAUCACUUACCGAUACAGAUGUUCUUCUUUUUCUUAUACUUUUAGAGCACCCGACCACACAGAUUUGUCCCUAGAAAAGCAAAUGCUUCCAACCCCCCAAUGAAGAGAACCUUGUUUACAUCUAUUAAA